AUGGAUAACAGACUCCGCAACGCACACAGAAUCGCAAAAGAGCUCGAUUCACAACAAAAAGCUAGACAUUUGCGACCGGAUAGCGGUGUCGCCAUCAGCGGGACGAACUGGACCAACCCGGUAAAUGUAAAUGUAAAGUUUAAUGACAAAGAAGUGAUGCAGGGCUUGAAUGAUCGACUGGCGGGAUUCAUAGAGAAGGUGCACCAGCUGGAGCACCAGAACCACGAGCUGGAGAGAGAAAUCGAAGAGAUACGAGGGAAAGCAAAGCCCGCAUCUUGUUUAGAGGAGGAAUAUGGAGAAGAACUCAGGAAGAUGAGACAGCUGGUUCAGGACAUUGCACAUCAGAAGCAUCAGAUUGAUAUUGAGCAUCAGAAUUUAGAGGAAGAGCUUUCCACCUUGAGACGGCAAUGUGAACAGGAGGUUCGUAGUAGAUCCGAUACUGAGAGCAAAAUCAUGGUCCUGAAGAAGGACGUCAGUGACGCGUAUCAGGCUAAACUACACCUGGACAAGAAAGCGCAGUCCCUCGUAGAUGAAAUCCACUUCCUGAAGAACAACCAUGAGGCCCAGGUGGCAGAGAUAUUUGACCAAAUCCAGGGAGCGCAAGUAACUGUGAAAGACCACGAAUUUGGACACCCUGGCGUCACUGCGGCACUCCGAGACAUCAGGGCACAGCUGGAAGGUCACACCGCGUCCGACGUCCAGCAGAUAGGAGAAACUUUCCGAUCUCAGAUUGCAAGAUUAACGGAGGCCGUUGACACCAAGAGAAAGGCUUUAAAAGCGAGCCAGCAAGAGAUUCAACAGUACAGGAAGAGCUUACAGGCCAAAAACAUCGAGCUGGAUUGCGCUAAAGGCACCAGAGAAGCGUUGGAGAAGCAACUUCAUGACGUCGAGGAUCGCCACAAGGAGGAAAUUAUUCACUAUCAGAACACAAUCAAAGAACUUGAAAAUGAGCUCAUUAAUUGCAAAUUCGACAUGUCUGGUUAUCUGCGGGAGUAUCAGGAUCUGUUAAAUGUGAAGAUGGCUUUGGAUGUGGAGAUACUGUCUUACAGGAAACUUCUCUGUGGUGAGGAGGCUCGGCUGUCCACAGAGUCAGACACACACAUCUCCUUGCCCUACAUCUACCAUCAGUCCCCUAUUUACACGCUCCCUUGCCAUAACCGACCGGGAGGCCCACGCAGGCGAGCAGAGCCCCACUACAAGUUUGUAGAGGAAAUCAUAACAGAGACCACCAGGGAAAUUGAGAUGUCAGAAUUUGAGGAUACAGGCUCAGAGGAGGGAAAUAAUGAGCAGGGAUGUUCCAAAAGUGAGAGAGGGAGCGGUAAGAAAGAGAAUGAUAGUAAAGAUACUCGAGAGAGAGAAGGUGACCAGAUAUCUGACAGUCAGCAGAAUCAAGUAUCAGUGGUAAAUGAAGAGAAGGGAAGUGAUGGUGGGGGUAAAGAGAGUCCUGGUCAGGAUGAAGGUGGUGAAAAGGCUCAUAAAAAUAAAGAAGGGUCACAGGAGACUGAAGUGGCUGAGAAUGAAGCAGAGAACAGCAUAGAUAAAGUUGCACAAAGGGAAGAUUUAUUGGGUGAAAGCUUUGUUGUUGAAGAGCUUGAGCAUCAAGAAAAAGCUGAAAACACAGAAAAGGGGGAGAUGACAUCAGUUACAGUGGAAAAGGCUCAGACAGAGCUUUCUGUUAAACUGUAUGAUAAACUCCAAGUUAAUACUGAGAACAAAUCCGAGGCAUGUGAUCAAGGACAUGGUGAGGAAAUAAGUUUGACCUCAGCUCUUGCAAAUAAGUCUGUUGGCGAAAUCUCUGUUCAUGAGUCUGAACAAUCAGAAAAAACUCAAGAGCUAGGCAGCGCUAUUCAAGUUCAGGAUAAGGUUAAUUCUGAAACAGAUGAGAAGGCCACAGGUUUGACUGCUCAAUCAAAUUUGACUGCUCAAUCAAAUUCACAUACAGCACUUGUGAAUGAGAGAAAGGAACAUGCUGAUACAGAGCCAAAGGAAAGCAUCAAAUCUGAUGCUGCAGCAGAGCACAAAGUAGCAAAAAGCAUUCAAGAUACAAGUAAUGAUAGCAAUAAAGACCAAGAGAAAGAAUCAUCUCUUAGAUCUAAUGUAAAAAGUCUUCCUAAAGUGGAAAGUCUACAAGAAAAUGCUGGGGAUAGAAUUCAAAUGGUCCAACCUGUGGUGCCAAAGGAAAAAACAACUGCAGAAAUCAAUGAGUUUCAUCAGGGGGCAGCAGACAGAAACCAAGCACAGCAACCAAAGGGGUCUGAUGACUCCGAUCGUAAAUGAUCCUUAAGGUAAAACUUGUAAGGUGGACAUUAUAAAGUCAGAGAAACACAAGUUAAGUGCAAUAAAACCCAAACAGGGUUAUGGAAGAUGUGAAGAAUGCUUCCAUUUAAUGAGACAGCAGUUUAAACAGGCAAACGUCAGGCAAACAAAAAGAGAAUGGCUUAUCUAAUGCAAGCAUGAAGCAGAGUCAAGCAAAGAGAACAAAUCUCAAGGCUGCAACUUCUUUUCCAACACAAAGAACACGAUUUCUCUAACGUUUGCUGGAGUCUUGCCUCUGAACCUUAAAUCAGCUUAUGAUGUAUCAAAAAAUCCCUUUGAAUCACAACAAAACAUGUAUGAAUGUAAAAUGAAAGCUGCCUUCUGAUUUUUUUUUUUUUUGUCCAUCAUUGUCUGCUUUGGUAUGUGCUGACAAAUAAAUGUGAGAUUAAAAGAUCCUCUGAUUCUUACUGUGAAUGGAGCUGUUAUAUUUAUGAAACUAGCUCGUAACAUACAUACUGUUUACACCGAUUGCUACGGCUAUGCUCUAAACAUUUAUUAAAGCUACUUCACUUACUUUUUGAAUGCAUAAAUGUGACAUUCAUUUUAAGCCUAUACCUAAAGAAUUAAAUCUGCUAGUAAAAUUACAAUUGUAUUUAUGUUUUGCAUUUUACACAGAAUCCCAACUUUUUUGGAAAGGAAAGGGGUUGUAGGCUUCCUUGAGUGAAGGACUGAUUCUCUCAUGCCGUGCUGUUGCUUGUUUGUUAGUUUAUUAUUGCUUAGUGUGGCUUUUAGGUUCAACGGUGUCUUACCGCUCUGUGUACAACAUCUGUUUUUGAUAUUUUAUAUCAAAUCAUUCUCUACUGGACUUGAUAUUUCCAGAGCUUUUCCCCGUUUCCGUCUACUAAAUAUAUCAGAUGAAUGUGGGUUUGACAGUAAAAUCAUCUAUCAUCCUUCCCAAAAUAUCACUUAAAAGACUCUGAAUAACUAAGCAACACACACCCACACACACAAACUCAACUGGCAUGCUAGCUCCAACUUCAAUCACCUUCCCAAGACUUGAAGCAGUUGAUGGUCCCCAUUAAAUCUGACAACCUUAGAUGGCUGAAGGGUGAAUGGCAGAAAGUGCUUUAAUUUUGGUGUUCAAAGCACACAGAAGACUCAAGACAGUUGAGACUGCUGCCGGUGCUGCAAAAAUACUGACAGUCUGAUUACAGAAUUACUAAACCUUUCUUGAAAUAUUUUUUCCUGCUCUGUCAAAACAACUUUAAUUCAACAGAGGCUUAACAGUUUAAGUUUCUUAAAAUAUUUUGCCUCAUUUAAGAGGUAUUCACACAUGUCAGAUAAGCAAGGAAAUUUAACUGAAUUAGAGCCCCUGAUCCUCUUUCAAAGUUUAAUAUUAACCAGUUAAUAAAUGAGGUAUGGUUAGUGGUAAUCUACUAUCAAAUACUAGAGUACAUUUGUGGAGUUCAAAGACUUUAUUGAAAAUGAGUACAUACACAUAAGGACCUUCCAGUGGGCUCUCUUUGCUCUGAGUAGGGAAGCACUUAUGAGGGUGUGCACGUGCAACUUCAAGUCAGAACUUUUGUUCUAGAGAUUGACAGUUUGGCAUUACUGAGAACAUCAAUGAUGCGUCUCCCAGGUCUGUUAAUACAGAAACAAAAGCUUGUUUCGUUUGGUUGGCCUUGUACACAGGUGGCUUUCAAACUUGCAGUUCCAACUUUAAGCAACCCCCAAACUAUCAAGUUUUAGUGCAGCUUUAACAGAACACGAAAAACUGUGAUGGACAAAGCAAAACAAAACAUUACAGGGCUUUAUUUUGUCCUUGUGUGCAUCGACAGGUAGGUUUCGGCCACAUUUAAAUAUUAUCAGAAAAAAAAAAAGUAGUGUACUAGUGUACUUAACAAGAUUGCAA